GCGGGACAUUCUGCAAUCAAAUCAGAAACCGGGACGGCUUCUGCCAAUCCCUGGAAAACAGGGACACUUGGAGGUUCUGAUAUCGGUAUAUCACGAUAUUUAGCUGAUGAUAUGUCCCGGAGUUGAAAACCAGAUAUCGCCCAGCCCUAGCACUUAGCAGAGGUCAAAUUACUUGGUGAUUUUUUUUAAAGGGCUGAAUAUAAUUUAAGGGCACAGAGGCAAACCCAUCAACUCCUGGCGGAAAAAAAGGCCACAAAUAACUCCCUUGUGGUUUUCUUCCCUGCGGCCUGCGGUGAGCCACAGAUGAAGGGUUUGUGUGAUCGUAAGGAAACCCACGCAGGGAGAUUAUAGCGAGAGGAGUACGACCAGCGGCACAGUCUCUCUCCUGCCAGGAAGAAGAAGAAAGAGAAGAAUGGAUCCCUCUGCUGUCAAAGCCACCCUGAAGGUCCUGGGCUUGUGUGCGGUUCUCCUUCUGGUGUUGGCUGCUGUGACCGUAUCCGUGGCCGUCAUGGCGUGGCACUCGGAAGCGGCUCGCCAGCUCAGGAGGUGCCGGGAGCAGGUGGCGAACGAGACGGCGGCUCUUGGGGACAAGGUGGCCGAGCUGGAACGGGAAAGGGCCGGGCGUGAGAAGCAGCUGGAGAAGCUGGCCCAGCGAGAGAAGGACUUGCAGAAGCAGCUUGGCCAAGCCAAGGAGAGCAAGAAGAGGCUCAAUGCCACCUUGAUGGGCUGCUUGGAGAACGUGACCCUUUUGGAUGCCAACCUGACAGUGCUCCACAGCGAGAUGUUCACCCUCCAGGCUGAAGGGGUGGAGAUGGACGGUCGUAACAGCGCCCUGCUGGCGGAGAUGUCCCGGUGGCGGCAGCAGGCGGCCAGCUUGGAAGAGCGGCUGGAGGCAGCGGCGGGAGAAAAGGCCGCGGCCGAGGCGGAGAGGGACCACUGCGAGGCGCGGCAGGCAGCGCUGCAGGAAAGUGUGCACGGCUACCUGUCCGAAAUCGCCUCCCUCCACCGUCGCCUUCAGGGGCGUCCGUCCUCCUCCGGCCGCAGGUGCCCUCCGUUCCGGUACUUAUUGUGGGGGCUGGCGAUCUUUUUCAUUCUUGGCCCUCUCGAAAGGCUGAUUUUUCUCCUCUAGAGCAACUUACCCAACGCCUUCGACAUGAUGAGAGGUUUUGCGGACCCCUUCCUCCUCUCCCCCAACCGGUUCAAAGUCACAGAUAAAUACCAAAUUCAGGUGCAGCUUUGGGGAAAUUGGCAGUGGGGAGAGACAGAUUAUUAAACCAGAUUGGAAUUAUAGAACUGUAGAGUUGGAAAGGACCGUGAGGGUCAGCUAGCAAUGCAGGAAUAUUCUGGGAUGAUU